UACAACAGAAGUGUUUUCUGUUUACUUUUUCGCUGCUCCACCCGUGGUUAUUUUUCAUAUCAAAGCACAUCAACUAGCUCGUUAAGAAGUAAACUCCUUUUUUUAAAAUUUUGUUCCGCGAACGCGAAGACAAACUACGCCGUCGUUGAACCAUUUCAGUAUUUCAAGCAGUAUCUGAUAGCAUUUUUGGUAAAAGGAACACAGCUCAGCAAUUCAACGGAAUCGACAGGUGGGCCUGGAAGGAUCAAGACAAAGAAAAUGAUAUACCCCAGCACCAGCGGCUUCCUCUGCCUGCUUGUGGUGCGGUGUGCUGUUUUUACCGGUCUGGCCGUUGUUGGCGUGUCGGGCAGCUCUAUCGACGCAUCCAGUUUUUUGAGUUCUACCGUGGUCCCUACUUCUGGCACGGAGGAGCAUUCAGCUGCAGCUGCUUCUAGCGGUAGGACUACCGUCGGAAGCAGUAGUAGGGCGAGUUGUUCUACUUCCGGCGAAGAUCAUCCCCAAGGAGCAGGAGAAAAGCGCAAAUUUGUUCAACUGAAUUUCUUCAACCCCAGUACAACUAGACGAGACAGUGGAGAGGCGCGCAAAGCUACCUUUUUCGGCGCCGAAGUUGCAAGCGCCGAAGAGCGCGACAAGUUUGUCAACAACCUGCUUUGCGUCAAAGCUGGACCGCGGUUAUUCUAUGUGAGCCCAAAAGCCAGUCUAGUCUACGACGAAAAGCCUCCGAGUAAAGCAGGCUCGUCCCUGCCCAACGGAGAUCGAGAUGUUGUAGACGAUGAUAUUCUGGAAGUGACGCAGAAGCAGAUCGACUUUGUACGGGGCAUGUUAGUAGAUUUCGGGAAUGACACAGUGUUACAAGAGGAAGCCAAGAUAGCGCAGGAGCAAGAAGACCAAGAUAAAAUAAAUCCAGCCGUGACUUCAUCUACAGGUGCUGGCAGCGGGUCCUCGUGUACUAAGGGUCGAAAAAUCCCAGCUGUUGUCGCUCGGUCGCCGUGGCUGAAGAAGGCACACGAGGAGAACUUGGAGAAAAAGAAAAAGAACGCAUGUCGCUGUAAAAUGCAGCAGCUGGACCUGGAACAGGGGUCUCAGUAUCUCCUGCAGUUCGAUGUACCUCCGCAUGGGGCACCGUCGUCGACUCUUGUGUCGCAUAAAAAUUCCGGCGAGUUCUUGGAGCGUGCAAUUUUGACUAAUCCUUUCAAGGGAAAAGACAAAAACCUCCAAGUACACGAAAAAACGCUUCUUCUCAGCGAGUGGGUCGAGGAGCCGAUAGCCGGCGAAAACGAUGGACUUCCAAAAGGCAUUUUGAAAAUCGAAAAGGUUGCCGCAGCUGGAGAAAGGGGACAAGGGGCCGGGCUUCUCUUCAUGCUCCGAAUCAUGAACUACGCUCUGCACAAGCCUGCGGAACACGUCGCCGCUGGGGACGACGAGACCGCGGACGACGAGAGGUUUCCUUUUCAAAGCAGAACGCGACGAGGAAUUUCGGAUCUACAACUAGACGCUGUGCGCGAUGCCCAUGUUUUCUGGGCCAAGAUGGGCUUCGUGCCGGCGGACCAAAGCGAUAGCGUUCGCUUCGUCAAAACCGUCCUCGUGCCCGCAUUGGCGGCGUCUUGUUCCCUUUUGGAAAAACAUAGAGAUCGCGGCAGCCAGCUAAUAUGACACCCUCAGAAUGGAAAUCCUCAACGUGGAAAUGAUUUGUGAUGCAUGAAAUGCGACACCAAAAAGACUGCAUUGCAGCGAACGCAAUGGAGGCCGACUAUUGUGCUUCUACGGGUUCAGAAUCGGGCUGCUGAUUAGCAAGAGAGAAGGGCACCCCUUUGACUAACUAGCAUGACAGACACGUUUUGAGUGCCCGGCAAAUUUGUCAUGCGCCGACUAGAAAUGGUGCUCCAACUGGAGUCGCUUUUUUGCAUUACAAAUUAUUUUCACUUUGAGGAUUGCCAACCUGAGGCUUUCAUAGCUAAUGCGUAUGUCGGAGGGAGGGUGGAGAGUGUGGAAAAUCUUGGAGAAGGAGGCGAGGGAAUAUCAAAUGUAA